GUCAGAAGUUUUGGGAGACAGGGCCUGAGAGAGGUCAAGGGUCAGUGCAGAGUCAGGGAAGAGAUGGUGAAGCAGACGAUCCAGAUUUUCGCCAGGGUGAAGCCCACUGUCCGGAAGCAGCCGCAAGGGAUUUAUUCCAUAGAUGAAGAUGAAAAAUUAACACCUAGCUUGGAAAUUAUCUUACCUCGUGAUUUGGCAGAUGGGUUUGUGAAUAAUAAACGAGAAAACUACAGAUUUAAAUUCCAAAGGAUUUUUGAUCAGGAUGCAAACCAAGAGACCAUUUUUGAAAGCAUUGCCAAACCAGUUGCUGAGAGUGUCCUGGCGGGUUACAAUGGCACCAUCUUUGCAUACGGGCAAACAGGCAGCGGUAAGACAUUCACCAUCACGGGGGGCGCAGAGCGCUACAGUGACAGAGGCAUUAUCCCAAGGACACUGUCGUACAUUUUUGAGCAACUACAAAAGGACAGCGGCAAAAUAUAUACAACACACAUUUCCUAUUUGGAAAUCUACAAUGAAUGUGGUUAUGAUCUACUGGAUCCAAGACAUGAAGCCUCCACUUUGGAAGACUUGCCGAAAGUGACAAUAUUGGAGGACCCCGAUCAGAACAUUCACCUGAAAAACCUGUCUCUUCAUCAGGCAACCACAGAGGAAGAAGCUCUGAAUCUGCUCUUCUUAGGAGACACCAACAGAAUGAUUGCAGAGACUCCUAUGAACCAGGCUUCAACUCGUUCUCACUGCAUUUUCACUAUUCACUUAUCAAGCAAAGAACCAGGAUCUGCAACUGUCCGACACGCCAAACUUCAUUUGGUUGACCUGGCUGGUUCAGAGCGCGUGGCAAAGACUGGAGUAGGGGGCCAGCUUCUAACAGAGGCCAAGUAUAUCAACUUGUCACUGCAUUACUUAGAACAGGUUAUCAUCGCCCUUUCAGAAAAACACCGUUCGCACAUUCCCUACAGGAACUCCAUGAUGACCAGUGUCCUAAGGGACAGUUUGGGAGGGAACUGCAUGACGACCAUGAUUGCAACACUCUCUUUGGAGAAAAGAAAUAUCGAUGAGUCUAUAUCCACCUGCAGAUUUGCACAACGAGUGGCACUCAUAAAGAAUGAAGCUGUUCUUAAUGAAGAAGUUGAUCCCAGAUUGAUGAUUAUACGCCUACAAAAGGAAAUCCAGGAACUGAAGGAUGAACUGGCCAUUGUCACUGGAGAGCAGAGGACAGAGGCCCUCACAGAAGCAGAGCUCCUUCAGCUGGAAAAACUAAUAACAUCCUUUUUGGAAGACCAGGAUCCAGAGAGCAGACUAGAGGUUGGCGCCGAUAUGCGUAAAAUUCAUCACUGUUUCCAUCAUUUAAAGAAGCUACUGAAUGACAAGAAGAUCCAUGGAAAGAGCACAGUCUCCUCUGAAAUCAAAGAUCAAGACUGCCAAGAACCAUUGAAAGAGGAAGAAUAUAAAAAGCUACGAGAUCUUCUACAGCAGAGAGAUAAUGAAAUCAUUUCAGAUAUUCUGGUCAAUAUGUUAAAGAAGGAAAAGAAGAAAGCUCAAGAUACUCUCCACCUGUCUGGCAUGAACAGAAAUGAAUUUAGACACUCACAGAGCUCCCCCUUCCCAGCCGGGAACCCAGAAGGUCCAAGGACGUCGCUCUCCUCGGCUCCCACACAGGCUCAGGACGUCAGUGCUUUGGGGUGUAGAUCCAGUUUGCUCCACAGAAAAACAGGGAUGAGAGAGGAAAUGUCAUUAGGACGCCAGGAGGCUUUUGAAAUCUUCAAGAGGGACCAUGCUGACAUCGUUACCAUCGAAGACAACAAACAGACUCUGAAACAGAGAUUCUAUGAAGCAAAGGCCCUGGGCGAAAGUAUAAAUGAAGCAAGAAGUAAAAUUGGUCGCCUGAAGGAAGAAAUCACCCAGCGGCAUAUGCAGCAGGUGGCUCUAGGCAUCUCGGAAAACAUUGCCGCACCCUCAAAGCCGGACCCAGUGGAAGAGAAGCUGAGGUCACAGGUGGAAGAAGAAAAGAGAAGAUAUAAAGCAAUGUUCACGCGCCUGAAGGCCCUGAAGGUGGAGAUUGAGCACCUGCAGUUUCUCAUGGAAAAAGCCAAGGUGAAGCUGCAGAAAGAGUUUGAAGCCUGGUGGGCAGAGGAGGCCACCAGCCUGCAGGUAAACUCUCCCACGGUGAAUGCCCUCAACCCCAUGAAGCCCUUUCUGCAGACACCUGAGGCCCAGCACGAAAGGGCCCAGUGUCUCUCUGACAAAAGUGAUGUGAGUGCCAGGAAAAUCCUGCCCUCGCCCUGCCCCGUCCUGCACAGCCAGCAGCAGAGCGGCACCGGCGCCUUCCUGGAAGACAGCAUCCCUGCAAGGCCGAUGUCAUCCAUCCCUCUCACUGGGGACAGCCAGACGGACUCCGACAUCUUGGCAUUCAUCAAAGCCAGACAGAGCAUUCUGGAGAAGAAAUGUCUCCAGUAAGUGUCCAGCCGUGCAUUGUGGCAGCAUCAAUGAGUACAGAUGAAGACGCCUCCUCUCACUCUCCCUGUCUUCAGAAGUGAUCUGUGCGCUUCUGGGAGCAACUAGUGGCUUUGAUUCCAAUGGGGGGGGGGGGGGGGGGGGCUGUGUUUCUUUAAGGAUGGUGUCCUGGAGGCUGCCAGUGAGGCUGGGGCCUGGGCUUGCAGUGACAUCCUUGUUGCAGGCGCUGGAGCUGUUAGCUGCUAAGGGCAAGACGAGGGCUUCAGUACACUCUUGUAGUGGUGUUUCACCCAGAUGAUUAUAAACCUUUGCGAUUAUAAAGUAGUGCCGUCAUAACGUAGUGGCAGAGGAAGCUCACCCUGGUAGAAUGCAGGGGAAAUGAGAAUAGGUUAUUUUUAGCUAUUUACCAGCCGACUCCUUUGCCCCAUCCCCUGGUUUAGAAGCCCAGGAGUGGCUGGGGCAGGCCAGGCAGGAGGUCGGAGCUGAAGACAAGGCAGUGGAACGCAGGGCAGCUUGAUGACCCAUCCCCGUCUCUUAGACCAGACCCUCCACCAUCACCCUCGUGGCCCCGGUGACCAGUAGGCAGUGCCUGAGUCUGCUGUUUCUCCAGGGAGCUGCCCACCCUGCAGGGUCGAAGGACAUUGCAGCACCCAGAGAGCGGUGGGCGGCUCCCAGGAGCUCUGCAGGGAGCUUGAGAGGGGCAGUGUGGGCACCUGGGGCCUCACACCCUCACCCAGCCACUUGGGGCUCUGCAGGAUUUGGACCGAAACUCCUUGCUCCCCCAGGGGAAACCCAGCUGCCUGAGGUCUUGCCUCAGUGAGCCCUCUCAGUGCUCCAGGCCCUGGCUCUGUGAUACAGAUCUGGGGACAUGGGCCUCAGGAGGCCCUGGAGAAGCAAGGUUCUAAGCCAGCUGCCAUCAGGGGAGGGGGAAUGGGGGGUGGGAGAGGAAUGCCACGUGGAAAUGAGGCUACCUGAAUACAAGAGAUGGCCCCUGCUCCUGUCAUCUCCAUCCUAUACGUACAGGACCUCCCCCCUGGAGAGAGGACAGGGAGAUACUGCAGUAUAAUUCGCUUAUUUUUUAUUACCCCCUUUGCAGGACUGGGUAAAAGGAUCAUGCAGAAGAUAGAUCACUGCCUUUCAAAGCUAGACAGACCCAUAGAGCUCCUGUAAUCCACACCCUCAUCUGUACAAUUAGAACUAAGGCAAAGAGGGGACCCGGGCUCGCUGAUAUACAGCUACUUAGUGGCAAGUGUCCCCUCCUCGGGAGGCUUUCCCCGACCACUCCGUCUAAAGUGACCCCUAGUGACUCUCUAUCCCAUUGCUCUGUUUUAUUUUCUUCAUCACUACCUGACACAUCAUCUUUCUCUAUUGGCUUAUUUUUUUAUGGCCUGCAACGCCCCCACCCCACCCCACCCCAACAAGACUAAAAGGCCCGUGACAAAAGGGAUCUAUCUGUCUUGCUCAUCACUGUGUCCCCAGCACGACUGAGUCAGCACUCAAUAAAUACUCCUUCACUUAACGAGUGGCAGAGCCAGAGCUCAGACCUCCUUCUCAGGCUGGUGUCGUUCCCAUGACCUCACUCUGGCUCUGCGACUGAGGGCCAUCAGGACAGGGCCUAGUCUCUCUGGUUCACUUCUGGCCCUGACACUUCUAUGGCACAUAGUCAGUCCUCAGUAAAGUCUGUAGAGCCAGUGGAAGGCCAGAUGGAGUCCCUAUAGCCUGGUUCUCUUGGUUCCCCAAGAGUCCAUGGGGCACACAUGUAAAUACACACAGACACUCUCAAGAAUCCGGAAGAUGGCAUGGCAUUGGCCAGAGUCCCUUGGAAACAGCGUCAGUGACCUGGCACACCUUGGCCCUCUAGAGUUCGUAAGAGUCUGUUGACUUUGGAUCUCCUGCUGAGAAGGUCAUCUCCUAGGUCCAAAGGCCUUAUUGACAGAGAUGUGUGUGCCAACCUGCCUCCUGGAGCAAUCACUAAGGCAGGAAAGAAAAUGAAGACGAGAUAGAAAGGAACAGCUGGGACACUGGUGUCCUGCUAAGAGGAUCAUGUGCAAAGUGUGUGCAGCAACUGGGGAGGGAGCCUCCCUCUCCGAAAGUCCCCUCCCAGUGAAAGCUGGCCUUUGAUGUAGACACGUGCUUGACUGCAGUGCAUCUUCCCCAAAGUUUGUUGGCCUCUGAAAAUGGAAGAAAUGGACGAAUCUUCCAAAAAGACUCUCCAGCAACCCACCUGGGGUCAGUGGAACCAUGGAGGUCCAGAGUAUCCAUGUUCACUCCAAAAUGUGGAGCUUCCCAAAAUAUCUUCUGGAAAGCAGCCUGCCAAGUGACUCUAGCCCAGGCCCUCCUCGAAUUCAACUGGCUCUGCCAUUCCCUUGAUAGGAAGUGUUGGGGGGAGGGGAGGUUAGACGGUAGCUUGCUUAGAUCUUGCUAAAAGGGAUUUUCAGAAAACAGAUAGAGAAACUGUGGUACACUGAAUGACUAGUCUUAAUUCUUUACCCUCUGUAAUAGAAUUAUACAUCCAAAACUUGGUCAUGGCCUCAUGGGGCAGAGGAUGCUUUCGUACCCCUUAAAUUUGCCUUGGCCCUGUGACCUGCUUUAGUCAAUGGAAUGUUGGCAGACACGAUGCAAGCAGAAGCUUGAAAGGUGCUUACACGGUUGAGCUUGCCUCUUGUACUCCAGUGAUCCGCCUUGAGAAGAAAAUGCCCUGGGUAGGGGCUGCCCCUUCAGUUUAUAUCCCAGAACAUACAGAGAACAGACCUGGGCCCAGCCUACAGCCUGGAGCCACGCCCAGCAGACCUGGAGACUGGAGCUGAGUUUCCCCAUCGAGCCUAGCCCAGGUCGGAGGAACCCUGGCAGACGGCUUAUCAUGAGAAUAAAUGCUUCUUGUCGUAAGCCACUAAGCCUUGGGGUGAUUUGUUAUGAAGCAUCGAUCGUAGCAAUAGCUAACUGAUACAGAAAUUGAAACCCAGAGACAGUACUUGACUAGAUGCAGAAUUUCUCAGAGUUCAUUCUGUCCCUCCAUGCUGCCUGUUAAAGGCACCUGAGAGUGGGCUGCAUAUGAAAAAGGGAGACUGCCACGUAUGGCCAUGCUGGAGCAACAGGGACGUGAUUUACCCUCCUGCUUUAAACAAGUGAAAAGUAGACAAAAUGCAUAAAACAACGGUUUUUGGACAGUGGAUAAAAGCAGUACAGGACAUUGCUGCCUAAGAGAAGAGAAACAAAUGAGGUGAGCCCUACCAUUGCCUCGACUUCCUGCCUGCAGAGAGUGUUUGGGCUGCAGCUCAGGAAGGGGGAGCCAGGUGGACCUAGUGGUUUCCUUGAGUUGAGGAAAUGGAGCUGGGAGUCCAGGGAAGCCAAGGUGGCUGAAAUUUGCAAGGCAGAGUACCGGAGAUGAGUGAGCUCAGCCGGAGAGGGAGAACGCACUCCAGCAUCUGCAGAGUCCUCUUGAGUCGUCAGCUAACUGCUGAGCAGCACAUACAUGUGAGGGAACCACCCAAGGCCCAGGGAAGAACCACCAGAAAGGAGCAAGCAGAACAACUUCCGGAGAUAACACAGGGCUGGGAAUAGCUCACGCUCCCAGGGGCCACAGUGCAGAAAUCGCCUCCCAAAAGAGUCCUUGAAUAGAAAACACAGGAGGGUAUUGCCUGGGCACUGGGGCCAAAUGAGCCCUACCUAGCAAAAUGUGCAAAGUAAACCCCCAAAGAGUCAAACUGUUUCCAGUAAUUUUCCAAGUAAUUUCACUGAGUCCCAAAACAAAGCUCAAAAGUAUUUAAGAGAAUAAAAGAAAAUGCAGUACCAAACAACGUAGAAGUGGCAUCCAAUUAAAAAUUACCAGGCAUGAAAGAAGCAGGAAAAUAUGGCCCAUAGGAGAAGAACCAACUGAGAGAAACAGACCCAGGAAUGACACAGAUGACAGAUACAGAACACAGGGACAUAUUUUUAUUUAUUUACUUUUUUAAUCAUUCAUCAUCUGACCACAUUGACAAGUAAGCUCUUUUUUUUUUUUAGAGAUUGGUACCUGAGCUAGCAUCUGUUGCCAAACCAUU